AUAUGCUUGACAAUUACAUCAACUUUUGGUUAUCAACCUACAUCUUUCUUUGACCGGAACUGAUCACAUCAUGAACAAGGCGCUUAUUGCAGCAGUGAAGGAAGGGGAUGUUGUGAAGACAAGAUCCAUUCUUGAGGAUGAGGCACUUAUUGCUAUAAGCCAGGAUGAGGUAGAAGAUACAGAUGGGAAGACAAUCCUCCACAUCGCUUCAGAAGAAGGGCAUAUCGAGUUGGUAAAAUACAUCAUUGACUUGAGGGAUAAGUUUAUUCAGCAGAGCGGGAAUGAUGGCAAUCGUCCUCAAGAUAAGUCUCAGAGUCGUCUUCGGAAUCUCGCUCAAUAUCUGGAUAUCAAUGAGAGUGAUAAUAAUGGUUUUACACCUCUCUACCUUGCCUCACGGUUCGGUCAUUUAGAUGUGGUUGAGUGUUUAGUCAGACAUGGAGCAGACGUAAACAAAGCAACAUCAGAUGGCGAUACACCCCUUUGUAUUUCAUCAAAUAACGGUCAUCAUGAUGUAGUUAAAUGCCUCGUAAGUUCAGGGGCAGAUGUAAACAAGGGCGGGAAGGGUGGAGCAACACCUCUACAUAACGCAUCAGACAAUGGUCAUUAUGACAUUGUGCAUUAUCUCAUUUCUAAAGGAACGAACCUGAAUAGCGUGGAUGACCUUGGCCAAGCGCCUUUACACCUAUCCUCAGAGAGUGGUCACUUUGAUAUUGUAAAACACCUCAUUGAUGAGGGUGCAAACAUCAAGGCAGAAAAUAAUAAGGGGAUUUCACCACUACACGUGGCUGCACAGGAAGGUCAUUAUGAUAUCGUGGAAUGUCUAGUGAAAGCAGUAGUAGAUGUCAAUAAAUCAGAUGAAUAUGGAUGGACCCCUCUUCAUGUAGCGUCACAGAAUAACCACAUAGAUAUUGUAAAAUAUCUCAUUGCUGAGGGUGCAAAUAUUAACGCAGAAAGUAAUAAUCAGAUCUCGUCCAUCUAUCUGGCUUCAAUGAGAGGUCAUCUUGAUAUUGUUAAAUGUCUGGUGAAUGCAGGAGCAGAGGUCAAUAAAUCGACUGAAGAUGGACGGACACCUCUUCAUGUGGCGUCAGAAAACAAUCACAUAGAUAUUGUAAUAUAUCUCAUUGCUGAGGGUGCAAAUGUUAACGCAGAAAGUAAUAAUCAGAUCUCAUCCAUCUAUCUGGCUUCAAAGAGAGGUCAUCUUGAUAUUGUUAAAUGUCUGGUGAAUGCAGGAGCAGAUGUCAAUAAAUCGACUGAAGAUGGACGGACACCUCUUCAUGUGGCGUCACAGAAUAUUCACAUAGAUAUUGUGAAAUAUCUCAUUGCUGAGGGUGCAAACAUUAACGCAGAAAGUAAUAAUCAGAUCUCAUCCAUCUAUCUUUCUUCAAUUGACGGUCAUCUUGAUAUUGUUAAAUGUCUGGUGAAUGCAGGAGCAGAUGUCAAUAAAUCGACUAAAGAUGGAUGGACACCUCUUCAUGUGGCGUCAGGAUAUAAUCACAUAGAUAUUGUAAAAUAUCUCAUUGCUGAGGGUGCAAACAUUAACGCAGAAAGUAAUGAUCACAUAUCAUCCGUCUAUUUGGCUUCACAGAACGGUCAUCUUGAUAUCGUUAAAUGUCUGGUAAACGCAGGAGCAGAUGUCAAUAAAUCGACUGAAGAUGGACGGACACCUCUUCAUGUAGCGUCACAGAAUAAUCACAUAGAUAUUGUUAAACAUCUCAUUGCUGAGGGUGCAAUCCUGAAUGUAAUGGGUAAGGAAGGCUUUACACCCUUAUUUCUGGCUUCAUUAAAUGGUCAUCUUGAAGUUGUUAAAUGUUUAGUGAAUGAAGGAGCAGAUGUGAACCAAAGAGGAAUGUAUCGUUGGACAGCUCUCGACCAGGCUUCACAUAAAGGACAUAUAAACAUAGUGAAAUACCUUAUUUCUAACGGAGCUAAAUUCAAUGGCACAGAUAGCAAUAACCCUUCACCAUUACAUUUAGCAUCGCAUGGAGGUCAUCUGGACGUUGUAAAAUACCUCAUCACCAAGGUAGAAGAUCUGAACUCAUUAGAUGAUAAGGGAGUUACACCACUGUAUGUCGCUUCACUGGGAGGACAUCUUCAUAUCGUUGAAUGUCUGGUGAAUGCAGGAGCAGAUGUUAAUAAAUCGACUGAAGAUGGACGGACACCUCUUUAUGUGGCGUCAAAGCAUAAUCACAUAGAUAUUGUAAAAUAUCUCAUUGCUGAGGGAGCGAACGUCAACGCAGAAGUUGAUUGGAAGAUUUCUCCCUUAUAUCUUGCGUCAGAGAACGGUUACAUUGAUAUCGUUAAAUGUCUCGUGAAAGCAGGAGUAGAUGUCAAUAAAUCGAAAGAGAAUGGAUGGACACCUCUUUUUAUGGCCUCGGCAAAUAAUCACAUAGAUGUUGUCAAAUAUCUCAUUGCACAUGGUUCAAACAUUAACGCAGAAAGUAAUGAUCACAUAUCAUCCGUCUAUUCGGCUUCACAGAACGGUCAUCUUGAUAUUGUUAGAUGUCUGGUUAAUGCAGGAGCAGAUGUCAAUAAAUCGACUGAAGAUGGACGGACACCUCUUCAUGUAGCGUCAGAAAACAAUCACAUAGAUAUUGUAAAAUAUCUCAUUGCUGAGGGUGCAAACAUCAACGCAGAAAGUAAUAAUCAGAUCUCAUCCAUCUAUCUGGCGUCUGAGAACGGUCAUCUUGAUAUCGUUAAAUGUCUGGUAAACGCAGGAGCAGAUGUCAAUAAAUCGACUGAAGAUGGACGGACAUCUCUUCAUGUAGCGUCACAGAAUAAUCACAUAGAUGUUGUCAAGUAUCUCAUUGCACAUGGUGCAAACAUUAACGCAGAAAGUAAUGAUCACAUAUCAUCCGUCUAUUCGGCUUCACAGAACGGUCAUCUUGAUAUUGUUAGAUGUCUGGUUAAUGCAGGAGCAGAUGUCAAUAAAUCGACUGAAGAUGGAUGGACAUCUCUUCAUGUAGCGUCACAGAAUAAUCACAUAGAUAUUGUCAAGUAUCUCAUUGCACAUGGUGCAAACAUUAACGCAGAAAGUAAUGAUCACAUAUCAUCCGUCUAUUCGGCUUCACAGAACGGUCAUCUUGAUAUUGUUAGAUGUCUGGUUAAUGCAGGAGCAGAUGUCAAUAAAUCGACUGAAGAUGGAUGGACAUCUCUUCAUGUAGCGUCACAGAAUAAUCACAUAGAUGUUGUCAAGUAUCUCAUUGCACAUGGUGCAAACAUUAACGCAGAAAGUAAUGAUCACAUAUCAUCCGUCUAUUUGGCUUCACAGAACGGUCAUCUUGAUAUCGUUAAAUGUCUGGUAAACGCAGGAGCAGAUGUCAAUAAAUCGACUGAAGAUGGACGGACACCUCUUCAUGUAGCGUCACAGAAUAAUCACAUAGAUAUUGUUAAACAUCUCAUUGCUGAGGGUGCAAUCCUGAAUGUAAUGGGUAAGGAAGGCUUUACACCCUUAUUUCUGGCUUCAUUAAAUGGUCAUCUUGAAGUUGUUAAAUGUUUAGUGAAUGAAGGAGCAGAUGUGAACCAAAGAGGAAUGUAUCGUUGGACAGCUCUCGACCAGGCUUCACAUAAAGGACAUAUAAACAUAGUGAAAUACCUUAUUUCUAACGGAGCUAAAUUCAAUGGCACAGAUAGCAAUAACCCUUCACCAUUACAUUUAGCAUCGCAUGGAGGUCAUCUGGACGUUGUAAAAUACCUCAUCACCAAGGUAGAAGAUCUGAACUCAUUAGAUGAUAAGGGAGUUACACCACUGUAUGUCGCUUCACUGGGAGGACAUCUUCAUAUCGUUGAAUGUCUGGUGAAUGCAGGAGCAGAUGUUAAUAAAUCGACUGAAGAUGGACGGACACCUCUUCAUGUGGCGUCAAAGCAUAAUCACAUCGAUAUUGUUAAACAUCUCAUUGCUGAGGGUGCAAUCCUGAAUGUAAUGGAUAAGGAAGGAUUCACAUCCUUAUUUCUGGCUUCAUUAAAUGGUCCCGUUGAAGUUGUUAAAUGCUUAGUGAAAGCAGGAGCAGAUGUCAAUAAAUCGACUGAAGAUGGACGGACACCUCUUCAUGUGGCGUCACAGAAUAAUCACAUAGAUAUUGUAAAAUAUCUCAUUACUGAGGGUGCAAACAUUAACGCAGAAGAUGAUGAGGGGAGAUCGCCCGUAUACACGGCUUCAAAGAACGGUCAUCUUGAUAUCGUUGAAUGUCUAGUCAAUGCAGGAGCAGAUGUCGAUAAAUCGGAUGAAGAUGGAUGGACACCCCUUCAUGUAGCUUCAUAUAACAAUCAUAUAGACAUUGUAAAAUAUCUCAUUGCCAACGGAGCAAACAUCAACAUAAUGGAUACCAACCAGAUGACAGUACUAUGUUUCGCUGCAUGGCAAGAUCAUUUUGAAAUUGUUGAAUCUCUAGUGAAUGCAGAAGCUGAUGUUAACAUGGCCACAAAGGAUGGCAAAACAGCUCUUCAUGCUGCCUCACAUAGAGGCUAUCUAAAUAUCAUACAAUAUUUCAUUACGCAUGGGGCAGAUAAAGAGGCACGUGAUAAUAACGGUUGGACAGCUUCUCAUCUUGUUGCAGCGAAUGGUCACUUAGAGUGUUUGAAAUAUCUCCUGAGGAACAGAACUACCGAUGAAGUUGAUGAUAGUCACAACGCUCUUGGUGGAAAUAUACAGACGUUAAAUGGUGUCACACCACUAAUGGUUGCAGCGAGGGGAGGACAUGAAGAAUGUGUUCGGAUGUUGCUUGAUAACGACGCAGACAUAGAGGCAACGGAUAAUGAAGGGUGGACAGUCCUCCAACAUGCAGCAGCAAGGUAAACAACAUAAUUAUAUAGAUAAAGAUUACUAAAUAUCCAGGCCCAUAACCAGGAAUUAUUGCUGGGGUUCUUUAUUACAGAAAAAGUAAACCCUUUUUUUACAAGUUCCAUACCCAAGGGCGAAUCCAGCUUCGCCAAUAGGGGGUGGGGCGAAAAAUAUUUCACUCUCAUUUUCUCUGAUCGGCCGCGUAAAGCUGUUAGGGGGUAAUUUUUAAAUAGGACUAACAUUCUUUAAAACCAUAGUAGCUUUGUUCUUACUAAUAAGAUAAAUUUAGUAGGCCUACCUCACACGGCCUAUAUGCGAGCCAGCGCGGUCUCAAAUUUUGGGAUAUUUCAUGAAUAUUGACAUAAAAAUUGAAUAUUUUGACCAUUUUUGUAAUAAAACAAUUGUGUUUAAUUGUAUUCAAAGAAUUGUUGCGAGCGCGAGUUCAAAAUUUUGAUAUAGGCCUACUGAUCUGAAAAUGACAGAUUAUAGUGACCCAUGAAGAGGAUACAUAUCUCACCAAUCAAAUAAUGCAAGCGCGAAGCACGAGCUAAAAUUUGUUAUUCUUACCUGUAAAAUGGAUUUUCUAAGCACUUUUUUUUAUCAUGACUCGGAUUAUCUAAUACUUAGCAAUUGAUGCGAGCGCGAAGCGCGAACUGAAAAUUUUUCAUUUUUGAGCUGAAAAUUUGAUAUUCACAGUAUCAAUUAUAAUCAUAAACAGGUUAGGUAUCUAACUAAACAAUUGAUGCGAGCGCAAAGGGCGAGCUGAAAAAUAUUUUUGAUAUUCUGACUUUAAAAAUGAUAUUCUAAGAAUUAUUUGUAAUCAUGAUCAUGAUGGAUAUCUGGUCAUUC